AGUUCCUCCCACCGGCACGCCCCUUUAAAACCAUAGACGAGUCCUCCAAGCCGGCCAGCUUUCCCUUUAGCCCCGCCCACUUCCGGCGGCGCUCCGCCACGCUUCCUCCUCUCUAUGGCCCAAAAUGGCGGCGCCCACGAUUUUUAACCCUCCGGAGCCUCCAGAUGUGCCCGAAUGCGCCCAGGUGGAGCGGAUCAAAGAGCGCGUGGAGGAGAAGGAAGGGAUCCCCCCCCAGCAGCAGCGGCUGAUCUACAGCGGCAAGCAGAUGAACGAUGAGAAGACGGCGGCCGACUACAAAAUCCAGGGGGGCUCCGUCCUCCAUCUUGUGCUGGCCCUGCGAGGGGGCGUGGCCAGGCUCUGAGGGGGCGUGGCCAUGUUCUGGACACUCCCCGAUUCCCUUUAAGCCACGCCCACCUUCAUUUCCCCUUUUCCCUGAGGUCGUUUCCUGUUCAUGGAUCCGUUAUUAUUUAAUAAAGGUUCACUGAUAACGUCA